AUGUCUGAGGUACUGACUGAGAAAACCAAAAGCAAACGUGACAAAACUGAAAAAGGCCAAGAAGUUGCCAAACAACAACAAUAUUACAAUAAUGCCUCUGCCACUUUAAUUGCCAUUGAUGGUCAGAUUGACCAAGAAAAUUAUGGUGCGCAGUCCGAGCAAAAAGUGGAAUUAGGACUAAGUCAAGCCUUAUCCGCAGUAGCUCAUCGCCAACAAACGGUGCCUUUGGAUGGUCUUUACUCCAUUUUAGGUUUAUUGCCUUACGGUCAAGAUGUGAAAACUAAUUAUAAGAGCAAAGUUUGUCCACAUAGUGAGGGAGAACAAAAAGAUAUCAGCAUCUGUCAACAUACGAAAGAAGAAAAAGAACGACCUACUUAUACCGAAGCCGAAUUAAAUAUUGAACUAAGAAAAUUAAUGGAGUUAGCGAUUAAAAAUGAAGAUGGUACUAGUAACAUUACUGACUUUGUCGAGUGGCAACCUGAUAGCAUCCAAGUCUCAGCUACUGGUUGGGAAUUGGUUGGUGGCAAGGAAUUAGCAAAACGAGAUGAUGAAGAAACUGGUGGCAAAGCAGUAAAGUCAGUUAAAUCUAAGGUUCCAGUUAGUUGCUCAGUGAUUAAUUCGAUUGGUGCUUUGGAUAUGUUUAGUGGAGACGGAGAGGACAGUAAAGGAAGUGUGGUCUUGGGUGAGGAAGUGUUUGAGGAAAAGAAUAUGGGAUGUGUCCUAAAAGAAAAUGUCAAACUUAUUACGCGGAAUUUAGGGAAAGAAGCAGAAAUUGAAGUGGAACUUGACAGUCAUCUCGAUUGUUCCACUGCUUCUCCGCCACCAUGA